UCGUGUGCGGCGGCGGAGGUGUUAUCGGCGGCUGCAGCAAAGCGUUUGGCGCGAUGUCUCACACCAUUUUGUUGGUACAGCCUACCAAGAGGCCAGAAGGCAGGACUUAUGCUGACUAUGAGUCUGUGAAUGAAUGCAUGGAAGGUGUUUGUAAAAUGUAUGAAGAACAUCUGAAGAGAAUGAAUCCCAACAGCCCUUCCAUCACAUAUGAUAUCAGUCAGUUGUUUGAUUUUAUUGAUGAUCUGGCAGAUCUCAGCUGCCUUGUUUACCGAGCUGAUACACAGACAUACCAGCCGUAUAACAAAGACUGGAUCAAAGAGAAGAUCUACGUGCUCCUCCGUCGACAGGCCCAACAGGCUGGGAAGUAAUUGAGUUGGAAGCGUUAGGGGCUGAGGGUGGACUUGGAACAGGUGCCCACAGCGCGCUGUAGUGAACCUUUUGUAUGAUAGUGAGCCUGUUUCCGCUGUGUUACACUCGAGCCAAGAUUGAAUGUCUGACGUGAACCGUGAAUGAUCUUUUCACUCUGAAGCCACCGUUGCCCCUUUGCUCCUUUACUUUCGUUUUUUUACUUAAACAUUUUUAUGAAAAUUCAGAUAGAAAGCAUUUUUGCCAUUUAAGGUUGGUUCCAAUCCUUGAAACUGUCCGAGUCUGCUUUAUAGCAGUGAGCGCACUAACCCUUCGUGGGGGGUGGGGUGGGGACAAGGUUAGUUAUGUCCUCUGGGAAAGUCUUAGUGAAAAAUAAAGAAAUGUUCUGUA